CCGAGCUCCUAAUAGUACUCACCAGCCAAUUGGCACUUGGCGAUCUCCUUCUGGGACUGUCUUUUCCUUUGAUUCCAAUAGCAAAAGCCUUCCCAAUCUGCCUCCACCACUGUGACGCCGAGGAAAAAGAAAAAAAAAGAAACCCAAUAGAAGUAGAACCUUCACCAACAUAACGGGUCUGAGAGAUGUGGCGCUGCGUUUCUAAAGGACUUCGUCUAUCUUCUUCAAAGAGAUCGAUUUCGAAUGACUCUCUUAGAUCUCAAUUUUCUCGACUAUUCUCCUCCGAAUCAACUGCGGGACGGUCCUCAUACACCGUGGUUGACCAUACAUACGAUGCAGUGGUUGUAGGAGCUGGUGGUGCCGGACUGAGAGCAGCCAUAGGGCUCUCAGAGCAUGGAUUCAACACUGCUUGCAUUACUAAGCUUUUCCCAACUCGUUCACACACUGUUGCUGCCCAGGGUGGUAUAAAUGCUGCAUUAGGAAAUAUGAGUGAAGACGAUUGGAGGUGGCACAUGUAUGAUACUGUUAAAGGAAGUGAUUGGCUAGGUGAUCAGGAUGCCAUCCAAUAUAUGUGUAGGGAGGCUCCAAAAGCUGUAAUUGAGCUAGAGAAUUAUGGAUUGCCGUUUUCUCGUACUGAAGAUGGUAAAAUAUAUCAGCGUGCAUUUGGUGGUCAGAGCCUUGACUUCGGAAAAGGUGGGCAGGCAUACCGCUGUGCAUGUGCUGCUGAUAGAACGGGUCAUGCACUGUUACAUACUCUUUAUGGCCAGGCUAUGAAACAUAAUACACAAUUUUUUGUGGAAUAUUUUGCUCUGGAUCUGUUGAUGGACAGUGAUGGUGUCUGCCAAGGAGUAAUUGCAUUAAACACAGAGGAUGGAACAUUGCAUCGGUUCCGUGCUGCCUCAACAAUUUUGGCAACAGGGGGUUAUGGCAGGGCAUACUUUUCUGCAACCUCAGCUCAUACCUGCACUGGAGAUGGCAAUGCCAUGGUUGCACGUGCUGGGAUCCCGCUUGAGGAUUUGGAGUUCGUGCAGUUUCACCCCACAGGUAUAUAUGGGGCUGGGUGCCUCAUCACUGAAGGAUCUCGUGGAGAAGGUGGUAUUCUUCGGAAUAGUGAAGGUGAGCGAUUUAUGGAACGAUAUGCCCCUACAGCGAAGGAUCUUGCUUCAAGAGAUGUUGUUUCAAGAUCUAUGACUAUGGAAAUCCGAGAGGGUCGUGGUGUAGGACCUUUGAAGGACCAUAUUUAUCUCCACUUGAACCAUUUACCCCCAGAAGUACUGAAGGAGAGGCUUCCUGGUAUCUCUGAAACUGCUGCCAUUUUUGCUGGUGUUGAUGUUACCAAGGAGCCCAUUCCUGUCUUGCCAACUGUCCACUAUAAUAUGGGUGGAAUUCCAACAAAUCACCAUGGAGAGGUUGUUACUAUUAAAGGUGAUAAUCCAGAUGCGAUAGUUCCUGGGCUAUUGGCUGCUGGAGAGACAGCCUGUGCAUCAGUUCAUGGCGCCAAUAGACUUGGUGCAAAUUCCCUCCUCGACAUUGUAGUAUUUGGUCGAGCUUGUGCUAAUAGAGUUGCGGAAAUUCGUAGACCAGGGGAGAAACAAAAACCUUUGGAAAAGAAUGCUGGUGAGAAGACCAUUGCGUGGCUGGACAAACUAAGGAAUUCAAAUGGUUCAUUACCUACUGCACAAAUCCGGUUGAAUAUGCAAAGAAUAAUGCAAAAUAAUGCUGCUGUAUUCCGCACACAAGAAACUUUAGAAGAAGGUUGUCAGUUGAUUGACAAGGCAUGGGAGAGUUUUCAUGAUGUCAGAGUAAAGGAUCGAAGUUUAAUAUGGAACUCUGACUUGAUAGAGACUAUUGAACUGGAAAACCUUUUGAUAAAUGCCUGUGUCACCAUGCAUUCUGCUGAAGCCAGGAAAGAAAGCAGAGGAGCACAUGCUCGGGAAGAUUUCAAUAAAAGAGAUGAUGAGAACUGGAUGAAACAUACUUUGGGAUAUUGGGAGAAUGAGAACGUUCGGCUUGAAUACAGGCCAGUCCACAUGAACACAUUAGAUGAGGAAGUCGAGAGUUUCCCACCUAAAGCUCGUGUGUAUUGAGACAUUUGCUAAUUUUAAAACCAGUGGUGGAUUAUAGAUGAAAGAUCGUUUACAAGAAUGGGGUAGUAACUUAUCUGAGAAGAGAUGAUAAUGCCAUAAAAAUUGUUGUACGUACAGUUUUUGAUGAAUAAAUGUUGCAUUAAUCAGUGUUAAAACUGAUAUGAUCUCUCAAGUGUCAAUAAAUGUGACUCAGAGAUUGGCUUCUGUAUUGCAUUUUGCAGCAGUGAAUAAUUUUCGUUUUGGUUGAUUA